AUGUACAGACAAUCUAAUCGGAUAUCGAUCUGGUUGCUGAUUGGCACUCUGCUUGCAAGCUGUAUUCAGAUUGCACAUGCAGUUUUUGAGGAUCAAGCAGGUGUACUUGACUGGCAUCAUGCGUGGAUUGGAACUCCAGAAAUUGCGACCGAAAGAAACGGCCUGAUAUAUACUGUGACUUCUCGCAAUGUGAUAGCAGCACUUAACGCUUCGACUGGUGAAAUAGAAUGGAGACAGCUAUUGGAGAGACCAGUUGCUAGUUUCAAGAUGAACGAUGACGCUCUCUUCACCAUUACCGACGAGAAACUUCCACUUUUGCAAGUUUGGGACUCACCUUCUGGAAAACUUUUGUGGCAGGAUAGGAAGGUAGACGACCUAUCCAAGGAUGCUGCAAUUUUGGAUGCUGUGUUUUUGUCGACUGGCGAUGUGGCUAUUUUGACCUCUUCCGGAUCCGUUGUCAUUCGUACAAAGGAUGGUGGCCAGCAUUGGCGUUGGGUUCCUGAGCUUAGCUCUUCAACGACACCUGUAUCUCUGGCUGAAGUAGAUGGCCAUGUGUAUGUGAUUAACGAACACAAAGGCGUUUUGUCAAACUCCCUGCAAGUGCACAAACUAGAUACGCAGCAUGGAAUUGUUCAAGAUGAAUACAAACUAUCUGCUUCCCCGAAAGAUCUGGACCUGGUCAAGGUGAUUAAUGGCCACGUUGUAUGGAUCGAGAAAAAUCAUAUCAAAACGAACGCAUUGGGAUCUUCUGAUAUUUCGACAGUAUCAAUCGAUUCUUUUGAAGCCUUCCAUUCAAAGGCGAUCAUCUCCGACACCUACGCCAUCACCAUUUUAGAUCAAGGUUCUAAUGAAUUCCUUUUGACUGGUCAAUUUAUCAGUGACGAACAACCCUAUCAUGUCGCAGCUGUGUUGAAGGUCGAUGGAAAUGCUGUGAAACUCACUUUGAAUUUAGGAACUAGCUUCUACUCACAUACUGUCUCUGCUCACGGAAAUACUGUAGCAGCUUUGCAACGUCAAUCAAAGAAUACUCUGACAUUGCUUUUGAAGCAUACAAAGAGCGAUGCUGAAACUGCCAAAUCUAUUAUCGAGCAUUCAUCUGAUCAUACUGGCGAAGUACGCUACUUUUCCUUGCUAUCAACCGUCCCUUUGCAUACCCUCGUUGUUUAUGACGACGGAUCAAUGAGAUUAUAUCAUGGAUCUGACCUUGCUUGGUCAAGAGAAGAGUCCCUUGCUUAUAUCGCUGACUCCGAGUUUGUUGAUUUACCAGAAGAAAAGCUGUGGUCCCAAAUGGCUGAUGAAACGUCUGAAGUUCCUGAACAACACAGUCCUAUCCAGCGAUACAUUCAUCGAUUGCAAUCUGAUAUUGCAAAGCUUCCCGAAUUGCCUCAGUGGUUCCUAACUCGUUUCAGCGGUGUCAUGGAAGCCUUGCAAAAGAAGCGUGAGCUCACGCCUGUGUAUCUUUCCCAACAAUCUUUGAAUGACUCAGAGACACCUUCCAUGAUCUACAGAGAUAACUUUGGUUUGCGUAAGCUUAUCAUCAGCGUCACAUCAACAGGAAAGGUAGUUGCUCAAGACACGCAGAACCAGGGUAAAUUGAUUUGGGCCAAGUACUAUCCAAAUGUCCAAUUUGAACAAGUCAUUUCCGUUCGUGCUGCCACUGUCAAGAUGCCACCGCUUAUUGUCGCCAUUGGUCGGAAUGUUGAAGAGGGUACUAUGGUGCUCUACAGAUUGAACGCAUUGGAUGGUGAUGAAUACUAUACUGAGGAUGCUUCCAUUGCUGAAUCUUUUGACCCCAUUCUGGAAACCCCUACGAUUGCAACCAAAGUCUUCACGUUGCCGGUACAAGAGCCCGAUGAACGUACUCAGAUUCUUGCUUUGUAUGAUGCAGGCACCACUCGUGUUUACAUCUAUCCCGAUACUGAAGGUGCCAGAUCAGCUUUCAGUGAAUUUUUGCCAUCCUUUUAUUUCUCCCUGGUGAACAAGGACUCAACCGCUAUUAAAGGUUACCAAGUUGUCGAAGGUUAUCGCGGCAGUUUGACCGCAUCAGCCGUCUGGAACUUUGAUGUUCCAAAGGGAUCCACUUUGGUUGCUCUCGGAAGCCGCUCACCCCACGAGAAAGUUGCUUCUCUUGGACGUGUUUUGGGCAACCGCAAUGUCUUGUACAAGUACCUCAAUCCAAAUCUGUUUGCUGUAGCCAUUGCCGAUCCCCAGGCUCAAACCAUGACCCUUACCUUACUUGAUGGUGUAAAGGGUUCUGUAUUAUAUCAGGUCACUCAUGAGGAUGUCGAUACCAUACAUCACGACGUCCACAUCGGAACAAGCGAAAACUGGAUUGUCUACCAUUACUGGAGCAAUGGUGCCAUCAGAGGUUCUGCUAAGGCGUAUCAAGUUUCUGUGUUGGAAUUGUAUGAAGGCAGCGGUGAAAAUGAGCGUAUUGACAGCAAAUCGCUCUCGGGGUACGAUAAUCAACGGCCUCAUAUCCGAGCUGACACUUUUGUGUUCCCUUACGGGGUUCGUACUCUAGGUAUCACUGAUACAAGAAAUGGCGUUUCAACUCGGGAAGUUCUAUUUGGUUUGAACAAUAAUCAGAUAUUAGGAGUCAGCAGACGCAUGUUGGAUUCUAGAAGACCCAGAGAAAAGCCAAACAAGGAACACCAAGAAGAGGGACUUAUUCCGUACGGACCUAUUCCAGACGAGCGCAAGAUGUUCUUGUCCUAUUCCCUUGAGGUACUUGGUAUGGAAUCGAUCAUCACUGCACCGGCAUUACUAGAAUCGACAUCGCUUGUUUUCGCUUACGGACUUGAUACUUUCUUCACAUACCGUGCACCAAGUCGACAAUUCGACGUGUUAAGCGAAGAGUUCAACAAAAGCCAACUUUUAUUGACCAUUGUUGCUCUUGUUGUCGCUAUUUUCGUGACAGGGCCAAUGGUUCGUCGCAAGAGAGUCAACACCUUAUGGAAAUAA